GCCAAUCACAGGCUGACACAGACAGGCUGCAGCUGAAAAACAGAAGCACAAGGGAGGCUGCACACUUUUAGAAAAGCAGUCACACAUGACAUGUUCCUGGAGAACACACUCAGACACUCACACACUCACACACACUCCAUCAGUUUGAGCUUCUCAUGUGAAGGCUGAGCACACACACAUUCAGGGAAGACUUGACCGACUUCAGUGAAGUUUCUUUUUUUGUUUCCUUCAUUGUUAACUCCAUCUCCUCCUCCUGCUGUGCACACAUCUGCCAACAUGUGCCUUCCUCUGACAGCGGCGCUGCUGCUGUCUCUGCUCGGUUCCAUGUCCUGUGCUCAGUUCAUGGCACCUCUGAACAUGGGGGGAGUCACGGGGAAGGUGUACUUUAACUCCACCUCAAACAUGGCCACCCUCAACGUGUCCGGUGCUGGAUCCUGUGGUCCACUUAACCUCUCCCUCAAUGUGUUCCCGGUCAAGUUUGGACAUUUCGCUCAGCCCUGUUCUGAAGCACAUAUCGGCCCAAGCGUCCACACCUUCAGCGCAAAUCCUGAAUCCACCUUAAACGUGUCACAAAUUUUUGGACAAAAUUCCAACCUGGCGGACUUCACACUGAGUUUGCAGAAGUGUGAUGGCACUACAGUUUGCACGGUCGUGACUCAAAGUCAAGCCCCCAUGACUCGUCAGGCUCGGUUCACUGAAACCAUAGCAGGUAACAUUUACAUCCGUGCAAACACAGGACAGAAUAAUCCCAGGGUUCUUGCAGACCUAGUUACAAUCGGAGAUGUCAAUGCUUCACAAUCAAACACCACUCUCUACGCAUCAACUAGCUCAGCCGCAAACUGUAAGGCUCUUCUUGAAAGCUUAGAUACCUCAACUUUGACCAAUCUUGGAGUCCUAAAAGUUGGAACCCCUCUGACGUCUUCUAAAUCCCGUCUGGACCUGGCGAGCUACACCACCAACAAUCGCUUUCUCCUAAUUGGCAUGAAUUCAAGUUUCAAGUGUGCUCAGAUUUACAACGUGCCACAGAAGAAGGUGAGCGCUGUUAUGAACAUGAGAGGGAUCAAAGGUCACCUCAGCUUCAUUCAGGCUUCCCCAUUUGAUGUGACAGAGGUGAGGUUAAACCUGACUAACUUACGGGGCAGGGUUGGCCCUUACCAUGUGCACCAGUUUCCUGUCCCCUCUGUACGGGCCAUUCAAUCGUCCAUGUGUUCAAAUGAUAACGUGGGUGGCCACUUGAAUCCAUUUGGUUUGAACACGAAUGACGCAUCGUACCCAAAUGGGUCUGGUUCGACGCACGAAAUGUACGAGCUUGGCGACCUCAGCAACAAGCACAUGUCCCUUGCAGGUAAAAACGAAGUGGACAUUUCGUUCCAAGACUUCCACCUGCCUCUGUUUGGACGGAACAGCAUUGUUGGCCGCUCAGUUGUCAUUCACCAAUUGGAUGGUGCCAGAUAUGUUUGUGCCAGUAUCAGCUACCCUGGUGAAGUGGUUGUAUCCAGAGCCAGAUUUCAGAGCCCUGUGGUCGGUGAGGUCUGGUUCACCCAACUGAAGGACAACCCUCUGUCUGAUGUCUCCAUCUUCAUGGAUUUAUCAAAUGGAGAUACCUCAAUGACACCAACCCAAAACCACAACUGGCACGUUCACACCUACCCCAUCAGCUCAGAAAAUGAUAAUGAUGUAAACCGCUGCAGCACAGCAGGAGGGCACUGGAACCCUUUUGGUGUCAACACAACAGACAGUAGCUACGCCCUCCACUGUGCCCCGUCCAGACCUUUAUCCUGCGAGGUGGGAGAUCUCUCCAGCAAACACAGCCCUAUCAAUCUCGACAACAGCCCAUGCGCAGUGGGAGCAAAAAACUUCUUCACUGACACCACUUCCUGGUUGCCAAAUAUGGGCAUUAUUGGUCGUUCUGUAGUCAUUCAUCUGGCAAACAGAGGAGGGCCAAGGAUAGCUUGUGCCAACACCACAAUGGUGCGCGUCCCCAAAGCUAGCCUGGGUCGUUGGUUUGGCUCCGGGAUGACGAGCGGCCAGAUACAGUUCUCUCAGGCUGUCCCACAAGGUCCAACAACAAUUGAUGUGUCCCUGAUGAAUCUGAACUCCUUAGCUGGGGGUUACCACGUGCACAUACUGCCCCUCAUAGCUGGCAGCAAAGAGCCCUGCUCCAACAACAACAUCCUGGGUCACUUCAACCCCCUGGGUGUGAACAUAUCAAACAGCCCCUCACCUGGAACUGGCACGGUGGACCAGUAUGAGAUUGGGGACAUCAGUGGGAAGUUUGGGUUGCUGCGUGACCUCAAUGAGCGUCAGGCUGUUUACAUGGACCAAAACAUGCCGUUGACUGGAGUAUUCAGCAUCGUGGGAAGGUCGGUGGUGGUUCACUACACCAACGGAUCAAGAAUGCAGUGUGCUAACAUCGUAGCUGACAUGGACACUGAUGGACAGUUCACCACUGCAAAGGCUGCGUUCAGCGGUACUAUCAACGGGACGGUUAGCAUGCGCCAGCAGAUGUUUCCUGACGGGAGUAGCGGUGACGUGAUGAUGGUAGUGGAUCUUCAUCGAUCAAGAAGACAAAAUCAAACGUCUGUCUUCAUGGCUAUCAAAAGCAACCGUGUGGGCGCCAACAAUGCGUGCGACAGCGUGGGAGGCGUAUUCAAUCCCUUCAACAUGUCGUCCAUGAGCUCCAGCUGUUCUGCAGAAAGUCCUCUGAACUGUGCGGUGGGAGAAGUGUCUGCACGCCACGGCAACAUCAGUCUGACCAUGAGGCAGGUCUUCACCGACAGCGUCAUCAUGCUCACCGGAGACAACUCAGUGGUCCACACAUCUCUGGUGCUGAAGGAGGGAAACAGCAUCAUUGCAUGUGCAGACAUCCUCCCAGAAUCCCCCUCAGCCAUGCAGACUUUCCCCACCGUGGCCAACUUCAGCAGAUUUGACUUCCGUAGUCGGGUUGCAGCUGUGCUGGAGGUGAACAGGUCGAGAAUCACCCUCCUAUCGGACUCUCCCCACACUAACGGCUCAGACUGCCAGACCGUGGACUUCCUGGUGUCAGGGAACGUCAGCGCAGCUCUUCUGAACUCCGUCAAAACCAGCGAGAGGAUGGGCGUGUACAAAGAGUCCGACACGUGUACACGGAGCACUGGUCUGCUGCUGCUGCCAGGAGCUUUGCUGCUGUACUUGAUGUGUGCUGCCGCCUGCCUGCUGCCGUCCUCCCUGCUGUUAUAGCUCAACAAUCAGCCACACCACGCAUCAUCAGGGGGGGCACAUGGACCCUCAUGUGGUCAGGGGCGUGUCCGCACUUCUAUUUUUUUUUUACUGGGAUGGCCCAGCUGGGGCAAUGACUAAUGCAGGGGUAGCAUGAAAUACCAUUUAUUAAAGCGUUCUAUCUCCAUCCAUCAUAUCUACUAUAACCAGGAGUGGAAGAAGGCGGUGCGGUCCCAUACGGCGUCCCACUUAAAGACGAGCAGCUUCCUGCCAAACCAACAUUCAAAACCCGUCCCGGUCACACUUUUAAACACAUCCAGCUAACGUUGUGUCUCGUUUCUAACGUUUGUCUCCUGAUUAAUCGCCUCUAAGUUGUUCCGAGUUUCUUCUGAAGCGUCCGUGCUGGACGGCGCCCCACGCCGCCUUUCAUUCCUGCUCGUUAACGUGAGCUCGAGCUUCCUCACUGAUACAGAUGGAGCCCCCUUAAAGGAGAUUUAACCCUGAUCCCUUAAAGCGACAGUACGGCAGCUUAAAGUAGCAGCUCACGCUUCAUUAUGCAGCAAUCUUUGACAUCCGGUGUUUCCACGGCAGUGAUAAACAUGUCGUGUCUGUCAUGGCUGCUUUGUCAAGACACGCCCCCUUACAACUCUAAAAUGAAGGAUUUCUCUGGCUUCGAUACCUUUUCAACAAAAAUAUAAAACAUAGGUUUAAUCUAUUUUUAAAUAAUUUAGGUAUUUGAGUGUAAAAAUGUUUGUUUACCACAUUUUAAUGCAAAGAAAGCGACCAGCAGCCUGUUACAUCACAGCCCAAACAGCUGAUCAACAACGCAAACAGCCAAUCACAGUCCACGGGGGGCAAUGCCGCCCUCGACCACCCCUGCAGACAUGCCCCUGAAUGUUGUAAAAUACUGAUGUAUAUUUAUGAAGCCAACUGAUUGAUAUCAAACAAAUCAGGACUCUGUUUCUUUGUCAGCCAAUCAAAAUCCUGCAACAUUAUUACUUUUUUUAAUAGUCCUUUUAGGUAACGCGCUCAUCGUUAGCCGCUCAGUGGUCAUUACUGUGUUGUUAAUCUGCUGGUUAUUUUGGUCGUUAACUAGCUGAACUAAAGUUGUACACCUUCUUCUUCUUCUCGUGUUCUUCUCUAUUUAUGCACGCUGUCAAAUCAAACGUUGUGUACAUAUCUGGAAAAAUUGUGAAUAAAAAACGAUCAUGUUUGUA